UAUAUUUUGUAGGGAGAAAAAUAUAGUUGAGUAUUUCUAAAUUUAACUCUGAGAAAUGACGUGGUAGCCAACGAGAAUUUUCAGUUAAACCCAAAUCAACAAAACUCCAUCCCGUCGCGCCGCGUCGGAGAACCUAAUCAUCCCUCAGCCACACCUGGACAGUUGCAACCGCGUCACAGCCACCACCGGAAAAUCCCAACGUAAGCAAGGAUAGCAAAACAAACCAGAGUGAGCUCUAACUAUGGCUCCUGUUGCUCCUCGAUCUGGUGAUGCAAUAUUUGCUAACAUCGAACACGUUAAUUGCUCUUGGACUGUGCAGAAUGCAGAACUGUUUACUCUGACAUAUGGGGCAAUUGUGCGUCAAUUGCUUACAGAUCUGGAAGAGGUUGAUGAAGUUAACAAGCAGCUAGAUCAAAUGUACAUUUAUGAACUCUGUAGCACCGACACUUCUGAUCAAGGCAUGGUUGGCGUCUGGCACGUGUUAAUGGGUUAUAACAUUGGAAUCCGUUUGAUUGAUGAGUUUUUGGCUAAAUCUAACGUCUCAAGUUGUGUUGAUUUCAGAGAGACGGCUGAGGUGAUUGCAAAGGUUGGUUUGAAAAUGUUCAUUGGUGUUACUGCAUCUGUGACCAAUUGGAAUGCCGAAGGGACAUGUUGUAGUAUUGUUUUGGAGGAUAAUCCUUUGGUAGAUUUUGUUGAGCUUCCUGACACUUAUCAAGGUCUCCACUACUGCAACAUAUUAAGUGGAGUCAUUAGAGGAGCCUUAGAUAUGGUGUCGAUGAAGGCUGAGGUCACUUGGCUACGUGACGCGCUUCGAGGUGAUGAUGUGUUUGAAUUGCAAGUAAAACUUCUCAAGCAAGUUCCAGAAGAGUAUCCAUAUAAGGAUGAUGAGUAAUUGUAACGUUGCACUUGAUCAUUUCCUAAGUAUUAGUUUAUCAUCUUAAUGCCGAUGUGUGCAUUUUGAUGAACCUAUAGAAAACAUUAAAUUAAGUUAUUAUAAUAUUUGCUUCGACAACGGACUAGGAUCUAUGCAAGCCCUCGAGAUUCUUGAAACUGAUCUUGUUCUGUCAUUCUUUGCUGUUUGUAUGGGUUCAUUUUAGUUGCAAUUCAAAACUUGGUUCUUGGUGCUUCAAAUAAAGCUUUAUUGUUCAAUAUCA